AUGCACGUGCUGCCCGAUUCGUUUGAGUGCUUGACGUCGGUGUGUUUGCCCGAAAAGCCGUGGAAGAAGUUCCCGUUCACGACGUUCGUGGCCAUGCUUUCGGCUGUGCUGACUCUUAUGGUGGACUCAUUUUCUAUGAGCCAUUAUAGGAAAGCUUUCGCUGCAGCUACUGGCAGUGGAGAUGAGGAGAAUGCCAAAAAUGUUACCCCUCAAUUGGAACAUGUUGGUCACGGUCAUGGUCAUGGUCAUGGUCAUGGCCACAUCCCGGACACUAAGAAUGAGGGUGGACUCAAUGGGAAGGACACACAGUUGCUGAGAUAUCGUGUUGUGGCACAGGUGUUGGAACUAGGCAUUGUGGUGCACUCAGUGGUGAUUGGGCUGUCAAUGGGGGCAUCAGACAAUCCUUGCACAAUCAGACCACUCAUUGCUGCCCUCUGUUUCCAUCAACUCUUUGAAGGAAUGGGUCUAGGUGGAUGCAUACUACAGGCUGAAUAUGGAUUGAAGAUAAAAUCAAUCAUGGUGUUCUUCUUCUCAGUCACAACACCAUUUGGUAUAGCGCUAGGAAUUGGUUUGUCAAAUGUAUACAGUGAGGACAGCCCAACAGCCCUAAUUGUGGUAGGGCUGCUGAAUGCUGCAUCUGCAGGGCUGCUGAACUACAUGGCGCUGGUGGAUCUCCUAGCAGCUGAUUUCAUGGGUCCUAAAUUGCAAGCCAAACCCAAGCUCCAAAUGUUGUCUUACCUUGCAGUUCUUUUAGGCCUAGGAGGAAUGUCAGUCAUGGCCUUGUGGGCAUAG